GCGCACAUAUGGUGGAUGAAGAAAUGCCCGAGAGGUAAAAAACACGAGUUUUUGUCGAAUUCUAGUUUAUUGAUGCAUACCUAGCCGUGUAGUAAUGAAUUUCAUUGCAAUGUAGAGUGGAUGAUGCGGCAUUCAUGGACACAAUGAAUGUUGGAUCCUCGUUCUUGCAUGAUGAAGCCGCCGAUGGGGAGGAGGAAUAUGAGGAUGUAGAUGAGGAAGGAGAAGGGUUGAUUGAACCUCGCCCUCCCGGCCGGUCCGCCAACUACACCAUAGCGGAGGACAAGUUGCUUUGCAAGACGUGGUUGACAAUUGGAAUGGAUCCAACAACCGGUACCGACCAAACAAGAGAAACAUAUUGGAUGAGGAUGACGGAUUACUUCAACACAAACAACACAAGUGGGAUCGAGCGAACCAUGCGCUCACUUCGGUCCCGUUGGUCCGGUAUCAACACCGAUUGCCAAAAAUGGGCGGGCGUGCAAGCCAACAUCGAUGUUCUCAAUCCAAGUGGCACUAAUGAGAAUGAUAGGAACUCCAUGGCUCAAGGAUUGUUUAGGGAUGUGGGAAAGAAGAACAAGAAAGGCAACAAGAUUCUUGGCAAGCCAUUCACCUUGCAUCAUUGCUAUGAAGUGCUAGGGAAUGAAGAGAAGUGGAAGACGUGCGGCAAGAUGGACGCGGCAACUAUGGCGGCCAAUGCUACCGGUGAUGCAACAAUCAUCGAUGAUGAUGAUUCAAGUGAUGAAGGGCGGAUGAAGAGAAGCUCCACUCCUCACUCCGUCAACAAUGGCCGGAGGAAUGUGCAUGGUAGGAAGACCGCCAAGGAAAUGAAGGGAAAGAAGGCCGGAGAUGAUGACAUUGCCAUGGCUAUGGAAAGGAUUGCAAAUGCAAGGUUGCAAGCAAAUAAAGAUAGAAAGAUGCAACGAAACUUGGAGAAAGAGGCUAUGGAUGCUAUUGAAGCUAGGAGAGCCGCUUUGGAGGAGAGGAUUGCCGCCAACGAGGAGAGGAAGUUGGCUUUGGAGGAGAAGAAGCAAGCCACCGAGGAGCAAGCACGCCUAGCGGAGGAGGAGAGGAAGCUUUUCUUGAUGGAUACUUCCCAUAUGGAUGAGAGGCAAAAGGAGUACAUCAACCUUCUUCGCGAUGAAGUGUUGGCCAAAAAGAGAUUGUUGGUAGCCAACAUGAACACUUCCACGACCGGCAUGUUUGGAGGAGGCAUGUUUGGAGGAGGCAUGCCGACGUUUGGAGGAGGCAUGAGAGGCAUGGCGGGCAUGGGAAGCAUGCCCAUGCCCACCAUGGGAGGUUUGAAACGAUUCCACGCAAGAAUUAUGCUCCACUCGAAGCUUCUCUCAUCUAAAGUAGCAAAUGCUUAG